AUGGCAGAUCUUAACUGGUGCACAUUUUGUGAUAAAGCAGUCAGUCCCUUUUCGGAAUCACUUUACUGCAGUGAACAAUGUUUACGUGCUGAUGCUCUUCGCAACCAUCCAUUAUUAGGUUACACAUAUCCUGAAUUUAUCGAUUUUCCUAGAAAGUCAUCUACAACUUCAUCAUCAACAACAACAGUAUCAUUAUCUUCUAUCUCAACUUAUUCUUCACCAUCUACGUCACCUGCUCUAAGCGCAUCCUCAUCUAUUCAAUUCUCUUCUCCUCCCAAGUUUGAUCUUUCCUUGUCAUUUAAAAAGAAAUCAGACAAUGCUUACUUUUCAUCUUUUCACUUGUUGUAA